AAUAGUCGUUGUUUGCGACCACCACAGCAUAACAACCCAAUCACCAUGAAGUGUCACAAGCGGCUUACGUUGGACAUCUGGAUACUGCUGGUGUACGUGCUAGAUAUCACCAGCGGUGGCAUCCAGCCUCAUCAGCCCUACGAUGGAUAUAAAUCAUUCCUCGAUACCAGCACGGCCCAUCUGCGCACGUACGUGGCGUCCGGUUCGGUUGCGUCCGGGUCCUCCAGCCAGUUCGGUGGCGUGCAUCACGCCCAACAGCAGACACCGGGGCAGAGCUCGCAAAGCAAAUGGGAGGAACCAUACUUUGACGACACAACGCCGAGGAAUGUGACUGGACUCGUUGGCAAAUCCGCUUAUCUGAGCUGCCGGGUGAAGAACCUGGGCAACAAAACGGUUUCGUGGAUAAGGCACCGGGACAUUCACAUACUCACCGUCGGCAGCUACACGUACACGUCCGACCAGCGAUUCCAGGCGACGCAUCACAAAGACGUCGACGACUGGACGCUGCAGAUAAAGUGGGCCCAAAAAAGGGACGCCGGAAUCUAUGAAUGCCAGAUUUCUACCCAGCCAGUGCGCAGCUACUUUGUCACGCUCAGUGUUGUAGUGCCAACGGCCACAAUAAUCGGUGGACCAGAUCUGCAUGUGGACAAGGGCAGCACCAUCAACCUUACCUGCGCGGUGAAGUACAGUCCGGAGCCGCCAGCGUACAUCUUCUGGUAUCAUCAUGACGAGGUGAUCAGCUACGAUUCGAGCCGUGGAGGUGUUUCGGUCAUCACGGAGAAAGGUGACGUCACCACCUCGCACCUGCUGAUCCAGAAUGCUGAUCUGGACGAUUCGGGCAAGUACUCCUGCUCACCGUCCAACGCAGACGUGGCCAGCGUACGUGUACACGUCCUCAACGUUCGCGCGGUCGUUUCAGGUGAACAUCCGGAGGCGAUGCAGACUGGUGGCGCCACGGCAGUCGUUUCGUCGGACGCUCUCUUGCUACUACCACUGAUCCUGCUCGCACUACUGCUCCUCACGAUAUCUCCAUCAGCAUCGAUGAGCGUCGUUUCGCCGAUUCCCAGUAGAAAACUCGACCGACAACCGACCUCAAGCGAACGAAAACUAUCGGUGACGUUGGCUUCAUUCGCCACCGGUGGGUGUAGUAGAGACCGAACGCUUCUUCAGCAUGGGGUAACUUCAAAUAUUCUCCACCACAUUGCCGUCACUGUAUGCAUCGACGAACGGACGUCCGUACGGUGUGAUUCUGCGAGAUGAUAAACCCCCCAUCGAUUUGGAACCGAGAGCAGUAGUGUCUGGCACCGAAACCAGGACAGGGGGUCAUAGUUUUUUGUUUUUGGCUUUCGUUACCAUAGAUAACUUUACCUUUUCUCCACUACUCUGAAUGCUAGAGAAGCAGCAAUCGUAGUUUUGCCAUGGGAGGGUACGUUCAUAAAUCCGUUCCAUGUCUCGGGAGACAUCGGGAGCGUAAGUGUUUGUGAGAGGAUGCGAUUUUCUCGCUGUCUAUUGUGACAGGUACUAGGUGAAAUGGUAGUAUAGCAUCAAGCACAUAUACUUUGGAAUCGGUUGAAAACAGAAGCAGAACAUAAAGCUAGUUGAUAGAAAUGUGGUUUUAUUGCAGUUGUUGGUUGAAAUUAAUUUGGUUUGUCUCAUUGUUUUCAAAUUGAUUGGCAUAUGCUAUGUUUUGAUAUUUUUUUCUCGACUGAACAUCGUAUAUUAUUUUACUUUUAAUGAAUCUUCAUUUUAUUUUGCUGCAAAAGAAGAGCUUUGUUUGCUCUAUAUAAACCACAGUCCUCCUGAAACAACCGAAUACGAACGGUACAAAUUUAACGAAUAAAACCUAUAGGAAAAAUAUUAUUUAAAUCUGUACUUACACUUUGAAAAAAUGAAAAAAACGAGAUCGUUAUCUUUCAUCUCACUAAUGCGAAUGUUUUACUAUAAUUUUUGUUUUCAGCAUUUAGAUAAAUCAAUCAAAUUGAUGAUAGAAUAAGUAAAAAACUGCAAAAUUGGUAGCACUAGGAUGACUGAGGAAAAGCAACUUUUCACUCACAGCAACUUUUCACAUUUAAGAAUAUGAAAAAAAAAACAUACAAUCCCAAGGCUCAUACACUCAACAAAACGUAACAACCACAUUAAACUGCAAAAUAGAAAACCCCUAAUCACUACACAACUAUUUCUACACCCGGUACAUAACAAAAAUACACACACACAAACAAAAACGACAGCAACACUCAACAACAAAAUGUCAUUAAAAAAAAACAUAAACAAAAAAACAAGUUGAAUGAUGACAAGCGAGAUUUUAAUCGUGGUGUAGUUUUUGAUGCAUAAAAAAAUCUAUAUAAAACAAUUUCAUGCAGGCAAAUUUGGAUUGGUCAAGUUGUAAAGUUUGCGGUAGAGUAUGAAAACAUUUGUGUGUGGCAAUUAGUACUGAAUGAGUUUAAUUUUCCUCUUUCGUUCAUUCAUCUUACCAACAGAGCUGUACUGUACAUAAUACUAUACGAUUAGAAUCUUUAAUCACUUCACUAUUGUUCCGAAAUUGCACACACACACAGAACAAGCAACGAAACAUUUUGAUGAAACGUAAAAUGGGAAGCAAUAUGAAUGAAUGCGGUCGAAUAGAAAAAGACAAAUUUUGCGAAUGUAUUUGCAAAAAGCAUAAAUGAAAGUUGUUACUAGUCUUUGCGUGUAGCAAAGAUUUAAAAACAAAUCACAUCAUCGGAGGAAAUUAAAUGGAAAUCGUUUAAAAUAGAUCUAAUGUUUGAUUGCCAAGCCCUAGGACAAUGCCUUUUUUCAGAUAAUUUAAAAUUCUGUGGCUUUUCCUGUUCCACACACCAACUGCCCCAUUGCCAAGAUUCCAAGAAAAUUAAUUAUUUAAAAAGGAUAUGUGAAUCAACACACCACCCGCAACGAAGUUUAUUACAUUUGGUUCGACUAAUUAACUCAUCAUGAUCAACAAAAAAAAUAUUCUCUGAGCGAAAUCAAUUGCGAAACAAUUUGUUCAUAAUCAGCCCAUUUAUGGAAACCCAUUAUAAUGCCAUUGGCAGAUCCCUGGCACGCUUCCAACCUUUCUUCCCACGCGAGGACCAUUCUACCACCCCGAUCAGAAAGCGAGCAUGAUAUAACGCUGGCACACAGUUUCAGUUAACUGCUGUCGGGUUGUUUGUUUUUUUUUUUAUCCAGAUAAUGGGUGCGGUUUUACUUAUCUUUCGCUCUUUUUUUAUAAUGUCGUGCAAUAGCAGCGCUUAUCGGGUAACCAUUUCGACAUCAGCUGGAUCAGUGCCGUAACUACCACAAACCAAAAUCGCUUCUCAGUGGGUUUUCCACCACACACACUUCAAACCGUACGAAGUGUGUGUGUGCGUGUGAGUGGUUGUGUGCAGGCUUUUCAGUAAGAGUUUGUGGUUACGAAAUCGAGCAGAAAUGAAGGCAGAGAAAUAAAAAUGAUCCCACCGUCUCGAAAGAAAGAUUUUUCCUGUGUGUGUGCUUGGUGUUCGGUUUAACAAUCAUCGGGAUGCGGUUCGGCGGAAGUGGAAUGGUAUAAUAGCGAAGGAGAAGGGAUGGAAAACAAUUUCCGAAAAGCGUGCACCACGACGCUCUACACGCAAUCGCCACACGAGACACGCCUGGGACGCCUUUCAAUAUCAUUAAAAAAAUAUUGAUGCAUUAAUAAUUGAUUCGGUUUUUCACUCCUCUGGUCGUCUGCGUAUGGCUUCGGCUACUCUGCUUCUAGCGUUGACCAAAGACGGGCUUUACUUCCGGCUCAAGCCUGUUUUUUCACAUCACGUUCGUUGCGUUCGUUUCUGUUCUGUGCGAGAUUUUAUACCUUCUUCUACGCUUCGUAUCACUUACAGACGAAAGCUCCUCCAAUAACGAUUCAAAUCAAGCCUCACCGUAACGAAAUACCGAAAAAUCCUAACCCAAGCAAAGCCUAAGCUACGUGUGUGCCCACUGGCAACACGGAUCCUUCUGAAUCAUUCAACAGUAAAAGCCACCCUUAACCGACACCUUGUAGGUGUUGGGAGAAAAAUGUAACCCUGUAGCUCAAAUAGCACGUUUUCUUUAGCGGAAACGUUUCCCCACGGGAUAGCACGGCGUACUUGUGCAAACGAACGAGAACAAAUCAUUUCACUCAAGAUCAUUCCGCCCUGCGCCUAAUUCGCAAAGCUUUCGCAUUCAAAACAAAACACAAGCUAAGAAUAAAUUGAGUAACUUUGCAACUUUUGGCAGCCGGUGAAAUGGAAUGAUGCGAAUAUUCGCAAAUGAUUCUUCAACUAGGAUCGCUGUUGAAUGCGGACUCGGAACCGGGAGGGGAGUGGAGGAUGCUUCAUGGGAAAUUGAUAAGAUUGCUUUUAUUGCACAAAAGUGACGAUCGCAGAAAGGUAGGGCUGGAAAGCUUCGAUCGAAAUCCAGAUGCCACCAACCUUAUCCGUGCACAGUGAUGAAGAAGAACUUAAUUGGUGUUUUUGAACUUUCGGAAAAUUGGUAAGAAAGUUGAGGUUUAUAAUUGAAACCAUACAGCAGAGAAGGCAAUCACAACCGCAAGCCUGGCACGGUGGUUCGAGGAAAAGUUUAAUUUUCAUACUGUCGCGGUUUAGCUAAUGAAGAGUUGAUGAAACGUGCAGCAUAAAUAUUGAAAAGAAAUUUAAAGACGGAUGUAGAUAAAAGUGUAUAAAGUUAGUAUAAUACAGGAGGUUAUUGGCAUGAAUUCCACUCUAAAAAUACACACACACACUUUAUUUACAGUCAAUCAGCAAGCAUGAAGAUUGAAGUUGGAGGAUAAAUAUCCAUUUUUCGUUGAAUGAUGGGAAAUAUUGACGUUAGCAAAAUGUGUACAUAUUACAGUUGGAAGUGGAAGUUAAAUAAAUCCAAUGCAUACCUACAAAAAACCGUAAUAAUGUAUGAUUUUUUUGUAAUCAAGCAAAGUUAUGAAGAACAGAAACAUAAUAAACCCGAAAAACACUUCUUGAAUCUUGAAUUAAGUGCAUAACUGAAUAAGAGAGCUACUCCAAAACCAUUCCAAUGGGAAGAAUCGAAUGCGGAAAUAAAAAAUCAUUCGAAACAUUUGUAAAUAUCACUAUGUAAACUACUUCUUGAGUAAAACAUUAACAUACCGACUAAAAACACCCGCAGUGGCUCGCACAGUAUAAAAUCACAUCAGUUACAAACAUAAGAAAAUGAAUAGCGAAACAGCAAAACAUGACGUACAAGAGCAGUUGUAUAUUUGCGAUCAAAAGUGGAGACAAAAAAAUAAUUUUGAACCCGUUCCAAAGGAUUGAGGUUUAAAUGCUGUGAACCUGACAAAGAACGCGCGAAAGUGUGAGUGAGAAGGAUAGGGCAAACCCUGCAAGAGGGAGGCAAAAAGCAGAAUGUACUGUAAAGCGAACAAGUGGCAGACAAGUAGAUUGUGAAGUGGUUUGAAGAAUGAUUAAUAAAUAUAGCAUCUGAGUUGAUUAUAAAACUAUA